CUUAAAUUUAUAUUGAAUGACUGAUAACCAAUUUGAUAAUUAGAAUGAAUUUGAUGAAAUGGUAAACUUCAACUUUGUGAUUCGUAAGAAAACCAUUAAUACUAGAUAUUCAUUUAAAAAAGAGAAGCGCUAGAAAAACAUAAACAAUAAUAGUGGGUAUUCCAGAGGAAUUUGAUUUAAAUAAAAUUAUUAGAUUUUGGAAAAAGGUAUUGUUUAAUCUUAUAAUCAAGCAAUUCAAUUGUACUGGUGGUAUAAUUUCAAAAGAUGAAGAUUAUGGAGAUUAAGUAACAAUUAGAUUAACGGGAGAUAAUAGAUAAUAAAUUGCCAAAUUUUUAGUGGAAGAAGGAAUAGCAUUAUAGGAUAACAUAAAAGUUCAUGGUAUUUGAUAUAUAAAAU